AGAAAGUGUUUUUGUCCAAUGCAGCGGAACAGCAGUCUCGUUUCCAUUUGGCUUCAGCUCGAGCUGUGCGCGAUGGCUGUUCUCCUCACUAAAGGAGAAAUACGGUGCUACUGCGAUGCCCCCCACUGUGUGGCCACUGGUUACAUGUGCAAAUCGGAGCUGAAUGCCUGCUUCACCCGCACUUUAGACCCUCAAAGUGCCAAGUCUCCUUUAUCUCAUGGAUGUUACGACCCUCUGUUGAACUCUGGAAAAACUUGCCACCCAGAGUCAACCUAUGACACCAUUCAUGGAUCUGCCACACUUCAGUGCUGCCAUGAGGAUAUGUGCAAUUACAGAGGCCUGCAAGAUGUCACAUACAGAGGAAGUGAAAUUCAUGACAAACGGCGACAUCAAACCGAAGGUAGCCGUCACGUGAUUGCACGACUACAGGAAAUUCCUUCCUCCAAGGAGGUAUGGUUCCGCGCUGCGGUCAUCACUGUACCCAUUGCCGGCGGCCUCAUCUUGGUCCUCCUCAUCAUGCUGGCCCUGCGUAUGCUGCGCAGUGAAAACCGCAGACUGCGACAACAACGGAGAGAAAUGUUGUCUCGCCUUCAUUACAACUUUCAUGGCCAACACCUCACCAAGGGUCAUGUGGCCAAACUGGACUUAGAGUGUAUGGUUCCAGUAGGAGGCCAUGAGAACUGCUGCCUGACCUGCGACAAGAUUCAGCAGUCCGACCUUACCAGCCAAAGACUUCUUUCAUUGGUCAGCUGGGGGAAGCACAGUGGCCAAGGCAAGCUAGAGUUUGUGUGAUGGCUUAAGAAUUUGCUUUCCUCCGUGGGACUUGUGUUUUAUUUCAACCCUUCUAAAGGAGGUACUGCAAACAAGAACUCAAAAGAGAACACUUGAAAGCUCUAACCAUAUGGUUGUUGCUCUAGAAGCACUUUACUUGAAUUAGAGACUUAAGGAGAAGACUGCUUGUAUUAUAUGCUGCGACGAGGAGCGGCUUCGUGCUGGUAUUCUUUAUCACCGAAGGAUUCCAAAAAAAUUUAUUUUGGUUUUAUCAUGUGCACUUUUUGUAUAAAGAAUCUAUGGUUUAUUUGCUUUAAUAGUGGAGUGGAGAGGGACAUCUUUGUACCUUGUUUACCCCUAAUAGUCAAAGGUACCUUAAGGGUGCAUGUUAUUAUUCUAAGGUAUUAAUAUACACUUUUUAGGGGUAGAUAAGGUCUUGGUAACUUGCUGUUGUAUCAGUAAGGUACAGUUUUUGCAAUUUUUUUCACAGUGAAUGAUGA